AUGUCGUCUCGUGUUGUCCAUACCCUGAUUGAACCUUCGAUUGUCACUACACCAGCCUCUCGUUCUGUUGUUUUGUCUAUCUCCCGCAUGGCCACGACGUUGGAGUCGCUAGCCAGCACUACCACGACCUUAGCAACAGCGACGACGGUGACAGAUUCCUCGGCAUCUAUGUCAACGAUUACCGUCAUCCCACCCUUACCAACUAACUUCGAUUCGCCUCUAGCAACUGGCAAAGAUCCAACCCCUGCAAUCACUGUAGCGGUCCUUGUAGCCGCCAUAAUCUGCGCACUCAUUUUGCUAGUCGCAUUAUUGUACUUUGUUCUCCUCCGCUGCCUCGGCAAAUGCUCAAAUUGUUCUCACAAUGAGGAUCAGCUUAGGAAGUGGAAAAAUGGUGAUCUGAAAGUGAUCACGCCGGAGAUGGUACAGCAGCGCAAGCACCCGUGGGAUCUGGAACAAGGACCUAUGGAUUUGCAAGCGCGGAUGUACAGGGACCGCAUGCGUAUAAAGUCUCUUGCCCGCCUCGAGGGCCAAGAUGAAGAGUCCCUGACCGAUCGAGCGAGUAGUGUAGGGUAUCCUGAUGGAGAGAGCAAGGACGCAGACUCUGUGAAGGACCUUGCUCAUCCGCAAGAAGCAAUCCCCGCGCACGUUAUUGCAGCAGUUGCUCGUUUCGAGGGCGAUGCUGACGCGACCUUGAUCAACCCCGAGUUUCCAAAAACUCACAGCAAGUAUAUCAAAGACGUGAUUGCGCCGCGUGAGGCAGAAAUCAAGCGUUCAUUACAGGAGGCAAAAGAACAGGCGAUUGACCGCUAUCUCCACACCGCCUCGGAUCCGUCGAAUCGGGAGUCUGUUCAACAGCGGGCUGUGAACAAGGCGAAUGAGAUAAUUGCAGAGCAGGAACAAAAUAAUCAAACUGAGCAGAUGCCUUAUGCUCGGACAGAUGGGGAAUCGCGUUUCAAGGAACGGUUUAGUCUAGCUACGAACCAUGACCAAUGGUAG